CCCAACCAGGAAGCAAAAUCCAACAUUAUCCUCGAGUCCAGGCGGACAAAAACGUGAAAAAAGAUGAACAGUGCAGCUGAGAUGUUGUCUAGAUUAUGAUUUCUGCUAAGAUAAAAACGUUAUUGACGCCAUCAUCCUAACGUUCAGUUUGGCGCGAAAGCCGCAACGUUUACAAUGCUUUAUACAUAAAAACCGCCACCAGGAUAACAGGAGAGGUUUGCAAUGUCGUCGGACAGGUGGACGUGGAGUUUGACGGGAGCGACAGUAGCCGGGGUUUCAGCGCUGUAUGUCGGUUGUGCUCCGCGCGCUGUGCCCGGUGGAGACUCAGGAGAGCUGAUCACUGCUGCUUGUGAGCUGGGGGUGGCUCAUCCUCCAGGAUAUCCUCUCUUCACCAUGAUGUCUUCUCUGAUGCUCUCCCUGCUGCCUCUUAGCUCUCCGGCACACAGUAUCAAUGUGCUGUGUGCUGUGUUUGGGGCCGGGGCGAGUGGAGCCCUCUGCUUCACCGUCUGCAGGGUGGCAGAGCCUGGUCCAGGGGCCGUCCUGGCUGGUGGAGUGUUUGCAGUGUCCAGGCUGGUGUGGCAGUGGUCAGUCGUGGCUGAAGUCUUUUCACUUAACAACUUGUUUGUGGGUGUCCUCUUCUCCCUUUCAGCCUGUUUCCACUGUGCAGAUACUGUUCAGCAGAAGAAGAAGUUUGCACUAUGGGGGGCGCUGUUCUGUGGGCUGAGCCUGUGUAAUCAGCACACACUAGUUCUGUAUGUUGUCGUCAUAAUUCCCUGGGCCCUACUGCAUCUCUAUACACAUAAUGGUUUGUCCUUCUUUGAUCUGGUGUCCUUGGGGACGUGUUUUCUAGCUGGCUUUGUGCCCUACAUGUACCUGCCAGUUUCCUCCUACCUCAACAGAGCUCGCUGGAGCUGGGGAGACCAGACGUCUGUCCACGGCCUCCUCACACACCUGCUCAGAGCUGAAUACGGCACCUUCAGCCUGGCAAAAACAAACGAAAGCCUGAACCUCCUAGAGAUGUUACGGGCUCAGUGGAAUCACUGUGUGAAUGAUUUGACUGUUCCGGUUCUAGCUCUGGCACUUCUAGGCAUGCUACUGUCUUUGAGGAGCAGACUGCGCUGUAUUUUUGUCUGCUUGAUUGUCACCAUGGUAAGCAUCUACUCUGUGUUCUUUGCCUGGAGAGCAAACCUGAACAUCGAGAAGCCUCUUCUACUGGGAGUGGUGGAGCGCUUCUGGCUGCAGGCGGAUGCAGGCGUGUGUGUUCUGGCUGGUCUGGGACUGAGUUGGCUUGUGUGUUGUUUGACUGGUCAUCUAGGCAAAGGGACGGUGUGGAACACAGGAGCCUGGAUACUCACUGCAGGCCUCAUAUCACACAUGAUCAGCUUAAACCACAGGGACUGUGAUCAGAGCAGUAAUGACGUGGUGGACAGGUUUUCCCGUGAGGUGGUGUUGUCUCUGCCGCAGGGCUCUCUGGUUCUGACUCGCGGUGAUUUACCAGGAAACACACUGCGCUACCAGCACUACUGCCAGAGUCUCCGGCCAGACCUCAGCCUCGUCGACCAGGAGAUGAUGACGUACAACUGGUAUGUGGCAAAACUCCAGAGGCAUCUACCAGGAGUGACAUUUCCUGGCCACCGGUGGGAUCCAGUCAAUGCAGUGGAAAAGAAAACAUUCAGCAUCGAGCAGUUUCUCAAGCGUAAUUUGCACAGGCCAGUGUUUGUAUGUAUUGGUCUCACUGAGGGUGACCCCAGCUGGGAGGGGAGUUUCUCUCGUUGGCCCUGGGGCGUCUGUGAGCAGCUGUUACCUGUCAAGACCCCAUUUGACCCAAAGAAGUGGGCCCAAAAAACACACAACCUUUACAACUGGAGUGAGCCACACGACAGCUUCCAUCCUGGGUCUUGGGAGAGAGUUGCCAACGAGGAGAUGUGGCAGGCCAGGAUGAAGACAGCCUUUUUCCUGUUUGACCUUGCUGAGAAUGCGGAGAAAGAACAGCAGGGUCGCCUUUACGAGAUUUCCUACAAACUUUAUUGUCAAAUUGUGGAUUCCCAGGUAGACUACCCUGCAAACUGGGAUAAGAACCUGGCUCUUGCUGCAGAACGUCUACUUCAAUCAGGGGGCAGAGGUUAUGGUCUAGAUUCACUUAUGAGUCGCAGCAUCCGCCACUUCAGCCGCUACCUUAAGAGAGAACCCAGCGAUCCUCAGAGCAAGGCCAUCCGCUCCAUCAUCACACACCUCAGGAAAGAGCGGGAAAAAUUCAGAGACAGACAGAAAGCUUGAGGAAGAAAGUCACAGAAUUGUCUGAAACAACGCUUAGGUGUAGAUGGCGUGAAAAGGUAAGAGGGAGGGAAAUUAAUAUAAAGAGAGCAUCAAAGCACAAAUGGCGACAAACAUUGUUUUGUAUUAAAAAGCCCAGAAAAAUUCAACAGCAGGCCAUGGUCUUUGGAAAUAUGUGCAUCAGCCUACUUUCAUGUAAAAAUAAGUUACUCUGUGUACAUUCCGUUGCACCUUUCAGAUGAAAAAUCAACUAAAUGGCAAAUUAUUAAAUUAGAUCAAAUUAGAUCAAAUUAUGCAAAUCUAAGAAACGUUACUUAGGUAUGUUUUGUUGUAGGUUUCAGAUACAUGUCGUUCUUGCGUGUAUAUUUACACGAGAAGGUGCGCCCUCUAGCAAAACCACUGACCUAAACCCUUGGCUAUACCUAAUCAAUAUAGUUUACAAAAGCAAACGUAAGAAAAAAUGUGCACAUUACUUUUACAUCUUUGUGGAAUCUUGUUCUUAUGUACAGAGUGAGCUACUGAGCAAACUGACCACGCUAGAAACAUUUCCGAUAUACAGGGAAAAUGUGAGGUAAACAUAUUCGAUUUCCAAUCAUAGACAUCUUUAAGUUUUGUUGUAUAUUUUUGGUGUUGUGCAAAGAACUGCACAAAAAUAGUUCAUUCAUUGAUAAUGUGUCUCUUUAAAUAUCAUUUGUGGGAAAAGGAACAAAAGCUGUUACCAUCGUAGUUGAGCCCCAUAGCAGUCAUUUUACCUAGAACAUUCAGCAAAUGUAUUUUUCAGUGAGCCCAUAUUAAACAUGCUUGUUUUUCUGCGGGGAUCUGGGAUCUGACAUCAGCGGUUAAUUUAGUUAUUAAUAUAUUUAGGUUAUAUUAAAUUGCAGAAAUGAUUUUUAACGUGCUAAAUUCAAACACUUAAGACUAGGGAUGUCCAGAUCCGAUUACGUGAUCGGAAAUCGGGCCUGAUCUCUCAGUUUUAGACUCGAUCAGAAUGGGACAAUACCUCUCGAUCAGGACUCGAAUAUGUAUUGUGGCGAGUGAAGCGGGGCCGAGAGCUGUGGGGGUGUACGAGGCGGGUGGCAUUUGGGAGAUAUUCAGAGACACCCGAGGGCAUCACCUGCUUCGAGUCUCAUGGAGGAGCCCUAAAGAGACGCCAGUGCUAGACGAGACAGGACGUUUUAUGUUUUGCUUUUGGUUUUUAAGUUUGUUUUAUUUUUUCCUUAUUAAAUCAUUUAAAAGUU